CGGGCUAGAAAGGUCGAGGGUUCGAGUCCUGUUUCCCUGCCUGUUUCAUUACACUGGUGUCAGAAGUUGGAUCGGACCCUUGCAGCCACGACAGUGCGCGUGCUUGGACGGUGAGCGCGCGCAUUCCUGUAAAGACGUAGAGUCGCAAGCUAGCGCGAAGACGCGCUCUUUGAAAAGGAGGGAUGAGUGUAACGACCCCGGGGUUUAAUUAAUAAGGGCUAGAAGGUCGAGGGUUCGAGACCUGCUUCACUACAAUACGAACGUCUGUCUCUCUCUCUGUCUCUCUCCUCUCUCUCUCUGUCUGUCUCUCUCUCUACUAGUCUGUCUCCGUCUGUCUCUCUCUCUACUAGUCUAUCUCUGUCUGUCUCGGUCUGUCUCUGUCUCUCUCCUUCUCUCUCUCUCUCUCUCUCGGUGAGGAGGAUGUCUAAGCCCCAGAAUGGUGAGCCAGGCAGCCCAGCAGAAGCCCCAGCAGCUGAUGAUCCAGAGGUGAUGUUCCAGAUGCCUGGUCCAACCGUCUCCUUCUCCAGACUACACUACUCUGUCAUGGAGAGCAAUGGACUCUGCCACAAGACAGGACCUGAGAAACACAUCCUCAAAGACGUCAGCGGCAUCAUGAGACCAGGGAUGAACGCCAUCAUGGGGCCAACAGGAAGUGGAAAAACAUCUCUCCUGGAUGUGAUAGCAGGUCGUAAGGACCCAGCAGGGUUGAAGUUUGGUCAGGUUCUGAUCGAUGGGAAGAUGGUGGACUCUGACCUCCGACUCAUAUCUGCCUAUGUGGUGCAGGAUGAUAUAUUGAUGGGAACCCUGUCAGUGAGAGAGAACUUGUUGUUCAGUGUGAACCUGAGACUAGACCGUAGACAUUAUUCUACAGCUGACAAACAGCAGAGAGUGGACAGCAUCAUAGAGGAUCUGGGUCUACAGGACUGUGCCCACACCAAGAUAGGAACAGAGUUCCUGCGUGGUGUGUCUGGGGGAGAGAGGAAGAGGUGCAGCAUCGGUAUGGAGCUCAUUACUUCUCCUCGUCUUCUGUUCCUGGAUGAACCCACCACUGGUCUGGACUCGAACACUGCUAACCACAUCAUCAACCUACUGCAUAGGCUGUCUAGAAGCGGUAAGACUAUCGUGUUCUCCAUCCAUCAGCCUCGUUACUCAAUCUUCAGCCACUUUGACCACCUGACCCUGAUGCACCGAGGAGAGUUGGUGUACGCUGGAGCUGCCGGGAAGGCCCUGAGCUACUUCACUGACUUGGGGUAUCACUGUGAGCCGUUCAACAACCCCUCUGACUUCUUCCUAGACGUCACUAACGGAGAGGCUCAGUCUACACUAAACAUCACUUCAUUUAACUAUGAUGAUAAGGAGAACUGUGACAACAGCAACCUUCUGGCAGUGAGCUACAGACAGUCAACUCAGUACCAGAGGGUGGUGGAGGAGCUGGACCAUUUGACCCAGGGUCUGGAGGGAGGGGUCGGAGGUCAGGGACAGAAGGCUGACUACGUCACCUCCUUCUGGUACCAGAUGAGGAUAGUGGGUGGUCGUAUGGUGGUGAACUCUCUCAGGAACCCCCAGACAUCGUACGCUCAGCUGGCCCUCAACAUCUUCUUCGCUCUGCUGGUCGGCCUCAUUUACUACCAGAUCCCCCUGACUCUACCUGAAGCCCUACAGAACAGGAUGGGAGCAUUCUUUUUCCUCAUCAUCAACAUGGUGUUUGGGAAUCUUUCAGCUGUGGAACUCUUCAUCAAUGAGAGAGCUCUGUUCAUCCAUGAGAACUCUAGUGGGUACUACCGUACGUCCGUCUACUUCCUGUCUAAGAUAUUCGCUGACCUCAUCCCCAACCGCAUUGUCCCUAUCCUCGUCUUCUCAGCAAUCGCCUACUAUAUGAUGGGUCUGAAGCCAGCCUUCACAGCGUUCCUGCUCUUCACACUGACGAUGUCCCUGGUCAGUCUAGCUGCGGUCAGUCUAGCGUUCCUGGUCUCAGCCUCUGUCUCCUCCUUCGCUAUGGCCAACGUCCUCAUCGCCCUGCCUUUCGUCUUCAUGAUGGUGUUUGGAGGGUUCCUGGUCAACCUUAACUCCAUGUUGUCUUGGUUGUCAUGGCUGAAAUGGAUCAGCAUCUUCCGCUACGGACUAGAGGCGGUGACCAUUAAUGAGUUUAAAGGACAAAUAUUCUACAGCAACACAACCAUUCUUCCAGGGGAGGUGUACCUAGAGACCCAGGGAAUAGACUACAGCACCUGGGGUUUCUGGCAGAACCAUGUAGCUCUGUCUGGGAUCAUUACGGUGUGUAUGGUCUUGGCCUACAUACAGCUCAGACGGAUCAACCGCUGGAAGUGACACCGGCCGCAAGAAUAGAAUCAUAGAAUCAGAACUACACCUUCUGGAACAACAGGGGCUGUGAGGAGACACACAUCACAAGAAUAGAAUCAGAACUACACCUUCUGGAACAACAGGGGCUGUGAGGAGACACACAUCACAAGAAUAGAAUCAUAGAACACACAUCACAAGAAUAGAAUCAUAGAACACACAUCACAAGAAUAGAAUCAGAACUACACCUUCUGGAACAACAGGGGCUGUGAGGAGACACACAUCACAAGAAUAGAAUCAGAACUACACCUUCUGGAACAACAGGGGCUGUGAGGAGACACACAUCACAAGAAUAGAAUCAGAACUACACCUUCUGGAACAACAGGGGCUGUGAGGAGACACACAUCACAAGAAUAGAAUCAGAACUACACCGUCUGGAACAACAGGGGCUGUGAGGAGACACACAUCACAAGAAUAGAAUCAGAACUACACCUUCUGGAACAACAGGGACUGUGAGGAGACACACAUCACAAGAAUAGAAUCAUAGAACACACAUCACAAGAAUAGAAUCAGAACUACACCUUCUGGAACAACAGGGGCUGUGAGGAGACACACAUCACAAGAAUAGAAUCAUAGAACACACAUCACAAGAAUAGAAUCAGAACUACACCUUCUGGAACAACAGGGGCUGUGAGGAGACACACAUCACAAGAAUAGAAUCAUAGAACACACAUCACAAGAAUAGAAUCAUAGAACACACAUCACAAGAAUAGAAUCAGAACUACACCUUCUGGAACAACAGGGGCUGUGAGGAGACACACAUCACAAGAAUAGAAUCAGAACUACACCUUCUGGAACAACAGGGGCUGUGAGGAGACACACAUCACAAGAAUAGAAUCAUAGAACACACAUCACAAGAAUAGAAUCAGAACUACACCUUCUGGAACAACAGGGGCUGUGAGGAGACACACAUCACAAGAAUAGAAUCAGAACUACACCUUCUGGAACAACAGGGGCUGUGAGGAGACACACAUCACAAGAAUAGAAUCAGAACUACACCGUCUGGAACAACAGGGGCUGUGAGGAGACACACAUCACAAGAAUAGAAUCAUAGAACACACAUCACAAGAAUAGAAUCAGAACUACACCUUCUGGAACAACAGGGACUGUGAGGAGACACACACCACAAGAAUAGAAUCAUAGAACACACAUCACAAGAAUAGAAUCAGAACUAUCCCUUCUGGAACAACAGGGACUGUGAGGAGACACACAUCACAAGAAUAGAAUCAGAACUACACCUUCUGGAACAACAGGGACUGUGAAGAGACACACAUCACAAGAAUAGAAUCAGAACUACACCUUCUGGAACAACAGGGGCUGUGAGGAGACACACAUCACAAGAAUAGAAUCAUAGAAUCAGAACUACACCUUCUGGAACAACAGGGACUGUGAGGAGACACACACACUCUCCACUCCAGUUCAUUGUAAUAUGGUUGUAUGGUACGUUUUGUGUUGUAGUGGUGUACUUAUGUUAUGAUGUUGAUGUUGUUUUUUGGUGCCUUAAUACAGUCUAAGUCCUGUCUGUGCCGGGGGGGGGGGUUCUACUGAGCGAUGUGGAAUUGUUUUAAGAAGGUCAAACCAAGGAUCUUCUUGUUUUUUGGUGCCUUAAUGCAGUCUUAAGUCCUGUCUGUGCCGGGGGGGGGGGUUCUACUGAGCGAUGUGGAAUUGUUUUAAGAAGGUCAAACCAAGGAUCUUCUUGUUUUUUGAUUUAGAGUUUUAAGACUCCUCGAGGUAACAACAAAUAUAUAUAAAACAAAUAUUUGAUUAACA